AUGUCUGACUUGAACGCUACUGUCCAGGAGACCAAGGCUGGUUUCCACGUCUCUGGCUAUGAGAAGAUCGAGUACGACUUCGAGUUCAUGGACGGUGUCUUUGACCCCAAGAACAGCCAGCUUGCCGACUGCUACCAGCGUUGGGGCAGAGCUCUGGCCGUCAUGGACGCCAACAUCUUCGAUGUCUACGGAGACCAGAUCCAGAAGUACUUCGACCACUACAAGCUCGAGCUUUCCAUCCACAAGACCAUGAUUGGCGAGAAGGCCAAGUCCAUGGACACUCUCUUGAGCAUCGUUGACUCGAUGAACAAGUUCGGUGUCUACCGCAAGGAGCCCGUCCUGGUCGUUGGUGGUGGAUUGGUCACCGACGUUGCCNNGGGUAAUACACACACAAUGAUCCACCGCCAUAGAUCUAUAAGGCACUCUGGCCAAUAUCUCCUAAGCGGUCAAUUCCUACUUCUGAACCAGUUACUAACCGUUUACAGUUUCGCUUGCGCUUCCUACCGCAGAAACACCAACUACAUCCGUGUUCCCACCACCGUCAUUGGUCUCAUUGAUGCUUCCGUCUCGAUCAAGGUCGCCGUCAACUACGGCAACUACAAGAACCGUCUGGGUGCCUACCACGCUCCUAUGAACACCUUCCUUGACUUCAGCUUCCUCCGCACUCUUCCAGAUGCUCAGAUCCGUAACGGUUUCGCAGAGUUGAUCAAGAUCUCCACCUGUGCCCACCUCGACACCUUCAACUUGCUUGACAAGUACGGCGAGCAGCUCAUCUCUACCGGCUUCGGUCGCCGUGAGGGUGCUCCCCAGGAGGUUCGCGAUGCAGCCGACAGAAUCAACCGCAACGGUAUCCACGAGAUGUUGAAGCUUGAGACCCCCAACCUCCACGAGAUUGGUCUUGACAGAGUCAUUGCCUACGGUCACACGUAA